AUGGGGCCUGCUACUACCUUAGAGGAGGUGGAGGACAACCAAGAAGAAGAAUCCAUUAGAGUGCUCAUUUCUACAGAGGGGCAAGGGAAGGGGAGGCUGAAACAGUUGUUAGACAGGUUGGGUAUAGAGGAGGUAGGUAGUAGAGGGAUAUGGUAUACAUGGAGAAAUGGAAAAGAGGCAUCCAGGGAGAUUAAGGAAAGAGGCUGUGGAGUGGCGAAUAAGGAGGUUGUGGUAGAGAAUGGGGAGGCCCGGGCAAGAGGAGAAGACAAUAGUGAACUAAAGAAGAGGAAGGACAGUAAUAAUAUAGCACAACUAAAGAGGGAAGAUGGGGAGUGGACGGCAAGCCAACAAGAGAUUCGUGAUGUAUUGUCGAAGGGAGGAGGAGGAUAG